AUGGCUUCCAUGUCCGCCGCGGCACUCGCGCCCGUCGUUCACAAUACCCGCUCCUCCCGGCGCUCCAGGUCCUCCGUUCGCGCGCGCGCCGCGCACCGCGCGACCGUCGCCGCGGCGGACUACUCUCCCAAGAACGCCUUUUUCUUCCCAGGGCAGGGCGCGCAGUCCGUCGGCAUGGCCAAGGAGCUCUGCGACGAGUGCCCCGCGGCGAAGGCGCUCUUCGACCAGGCGUCCGAGAUCCUCGGCUACGAUCUCCUCGACGUGUGCGUCAACGGCCCGGCGGAGAAGCUCAACUCCACCGAGGUGUCUCAGCCGGCCAUCUACGUCUCCUCCCUCGCCGCUCUCGAGAAGAUGAAAACCACCGACGAGGGCAAGGCUCUGAUCGACUCCGUCGACGUCUGCGCCGGUCUCUCGCUCGGCGAAUACACCGCGCUCACGUUCGCGGGCGCCAUCGCAUUCGAGGACGGCGUCAAGCUCGUCAAGCUCCGCGGUGAGUCCAUGCAGGCCGCCGCGGACGCCACGCCGUCCGGGAUGGCUUCCGUGAUUGGCCUCUCGUCGGAUAAGGUGGACGAGGUCUGCGCCAAGGCGAGCGCGGACAGCGGCGGCGAACCCGUGCAGAUCGCCAACUACCUCUGCAACGGCAACUAUGCCGUCUCCGGCUCCAUCCCCGCCAUCGACAAGGUUGCGGAGAUCGCCAAACCGGAGUUCAAGGCGAGGAUGGUCGUGAAACUGGCGGUGGCGGGUGCGUUUCACACGGAUUACAUGGCGCCCGCCGCGGAGGCUCUCACCGCCGGUCUGAAGGACACGCCGAUAUCGGCGCCGAAGAUCCCGGUCAUAUCCAACGUCGACGUCGAGCCGCACGGCGACGCGGACAGCAUCCGCGCCACGCUCGCGAAGCAGCUGACGUCCCCGGUGCAGUGGGAGAAGACGAUGACGACGCUCCUGGAGAAGGGACUCGAGGCGUCCACCGAGGUCGGGCCGGGCAAGGUCAUCUCGGGUAUCAUGAAGCGCAUCGACAAGACGGCGGCGUGCGAUAACUUCACCGUGUGA